CAUGGCUACAGACUGCCCGUCGACCAGUACGGUGUGGUGACGUACAUGACGGUUAGGUUCAGUGCGCGGCUGCCUGUUAUGACAUACCCGCUGGCCUGCUUACAGUCGCACCCGCCCACUCUGCUGCGGGUGCGGAAUGAGUCGGCGGUGCUCAGCGACUUCCUCGGCGACCUGAUGAGGCGGCUGCCGGUCAUCGCGGACAUCCCUUCGGCACGCAGGCCUCAGUCGGCGUCGCCGUUCACAAGCUCGUCAACGACGCUAUUAUGGGAGAACAAUCACAAUUGCUCUCCAUUCCUGUGGAUAGAUUCACUCAGUUCAAUUUAAAGUUGCAAGCAGAACCCAAAAAUGAACGCGUACUGGAAAGUUUCACUUUGGUCCAAAAACCAAAAUUAUCAACUCCCUCAUGUGCAUCAAACGUGUCUGCAUCC